ACGGAUUCUAUAUUUGUGCAGGAAAAGUUCAGCUUCCUGAAAUUCUGUUCUCGCUUAAUUUUCAGUUAACUGCUUGUACUGGUUUAAUGGCAAGGAAAAAUCCCAGGAUGGAGUACAGGAUUCUAUCCAUGGUUACAAACAUGAUGAUUCUGUUCAUUUGGGCUUCCUGCUCAGUGACAGCACAGAAAAAUGCCACAGUUUCCCCAGUUACUACUUCUAAUCCUACAGACAUUUUCAACUCUUCAGCAAAAACAAGAGAAUUUUAUGUUGAAAAUGCAGAAUUCUGUUGGAGACAUUACGUAUUGAUGAUGUCCAAAGUAGAAUCUGGAAAGCAAUGCGAAUGGCAAGAAGUUAACAGGCCUUACAGCUUUUUGCGGGAUUGCCUCGAAAGCCUUGCUGAUACUUUGAGAUUUGCAUUCCCCAAUGAGAUAGCACACGAUUACAUCAUGAUGGGACACCUGAAUUACUUUGUGAAUUGUAGUUCGAUUUUUCAGGAACUUAUUGAUCCUCCUGAACACAUACUGCUGGCUUUAAUUUUUGCGCCAAUUAGUAUCAUUCCUUUCUUGGUCACUCUCGUUGUCUGCAAAAGCAAAACAAGUGAACCACAAGCCUAAGGCUAAAGCUACUGACAGAUGAAACACUGUAAUAAUGUUCUUGGAACUGCUUACUAAUGUAUGAGCAAAUCACAUGGAUAUUCUUAAGUCAGUUUCAUGAUCAUUCUGGAGCCAUAAACUCCAUUUUGGAGUCUGGUCCUUUCUACAUCCUAAAAAUGAAUAAAUAACACAGCACUGUACUUGCCUUGACUCCACCAAAAACCAGAUGUAACGCAGUAUUUAGCUCAUCAUCGUCACACUGGACGAGGGACGACAAUAAUUCCAUUGAAUUCUUAUAAGUAAUUGUGCGUCUGAAAGCCUUCAUCUUGCUCUUCAGACUUUCUGUGAUACCAUUACAGCAGUUUGUAUAUGCUGAAAAGUUUCAGGGACAUCCUCCAACUCACAAGAGAAACAUGAAUCACAAACGUAUGAAUUUCCUUACUGUCACAAUACACGAUUACGGGAUACAAAUAGUGGAAGUUAUCACUUGGGGUCCAUGCCGGAGGAAUAUUAACAGAUAUAAGAUGUAUCAAAGGAAGGGUGUUGACAUGGAUCUCAAUGAUAUAUGUGACAAAACUAUUUACUAUGUGUAAUUUAUAAAGUAAUAAUGUCUUUCCAAUGGCAAUACACGUUGUUAAUGUUACAUACUGGAAAUUUGUUGUAUCAUCUCUUUCUGAUAUAUUUUCAUUCAUCUUGUUCCAAGAAAAAGACAUGACAUGACAAAAGAAGUGCCUUAGCCUAAAGAAAAUAUUGUAAAAUGUUCAAAUCUCCACAAAGAAAAUUAUGUGAAAAAAAAA